AUGGCGACUCUGCUGUAUGCAGCGUUUGUGUUCCUCCUGUUAUUUCAAAGCGGCGUUUGGGGCUUUCCCGUCCGUCAAACACCCCAAGAAAGUCCUACAUGUGGAUACAAGGUACGUUUAUAGUUCCAAUCCCUAUUGUGGUGAAUAAUAACGCAGCUGACCGUGAUAGAAAAAGCGAAAAGAAACACUGAAACCUUGUUUUGGUAUAGCAGCUUUGAUUAAACUUCUUCAUGUUUUCCUGGUUUAGCCGAUCAAAUACUUCCAUUUCAAACACUUUCAUUUUCGUGUAGAGAACACAGUAGCAGACGUUGUAUUCCUGGCCCAACAGAUUUUUACUUCCACGUGAAACGUGAAUGCAAUCUACAAAUCCCAUUCUAGAUAGUCAGUCUUGCACUAAUAUCAUUGGUGGUUGAAUAAUUUUUUUUAUAGCUAAGUAGCCUCUGACAUGCCUCUCUCCUUCCCAUAAACAUAGCCCACCAGCUAAAAUCACUAAUCAUUGUGUGUCUGUGUGCUACACAUCCAAGUCAUGUCAUGCGACCAAGCCUGGGAUGUUGAACGUCCACCUGGUCCCCCACACCCACGACGACGUCGGCUGGCUCAAGACCGUGGACCAAUACUUUUAUGGAGGUCUGUAUCUCUCGCUCUCACACACAGUCUUGUUUUACUAACCUUGUGGGGUUACGCAAUUGAUUCCCAUUCAAAAUCCUAUUUUCCCUAACCCCAAAACCUACCUCCUAACCUUUAACCUUAAUUCGAAACCCUAAACCCCCUAGAAAUAGCCUUUUUCCUUGUGGGGACUGGCAAAAUGUCCCCAGUUGGUAGAAUUUUUGUUAGUUUACUAUUCUUAUGGGUGCGUCUGGUUAAACAUGUCUGGUUAUAUUCUGGUAUAGUCCACACACAGUAAGUAACACCAGCUGCCCAUUGUAUCUUCUCAUUCACUGUGGUCUAACAAACCCAGUCCCCCCCUAUCAGAUCCAGUCCCCCCCUAUCAGAUCCAGUCCCCCCCCUAUCAGAUCCAUUUCCCUCCAUUAUCAGAUCCAGUCCCCCCCUAUCAGAUCCAGCCCCCCCAUCAGAUCCAGUCCCCCCCCCUAUCAGAUCCAGUCCCCCCCAUCAGACCCAGUCCCCCCCCUAUCAGAUCCAGUCCCCCCCUAUCAGAUCCAGUCCCCCCCAUCAGAUCCCAGUCCCCCCCUAUCAGAUCACGUCCCCCCUAAUCAGAUCCAGUCCCUCCCCCAUCAGAUCCAGUCCCCCCCCUAUAGAUCCAGUCCCCCCCCUAUCAGAUCCAGUCCCCCCUAUCAGAUCCAGUCCCCCCCUAUCAGAUCCAGUCCCCCCCUAUCAGAUCCAGUCCCCCCCUAUCAGAUCCAGUCCCCCCCUAUCAGAUCCAGUCCCCCCCUAUCAGAUCCAGUCCCCCCCUAUCAGAUCCUCCCCCUAUCAGAUCCAGUCCCCCCUAUCAGAUCCAGUCCCCCCCCUAUCAGAUCCAGUCCCCCCCUAUCAGAUCCAGUCCCCCCUAUCAGAUCCAGUCCCCCCCUAUCAGAUCCAGUCCCCCCCUAUCAGAUCCAGCCCCCCCUAUCAGAUCCAGUCCCCCCCAUCAGAUCCAGUCCCCCCCAUCAGAUCCAGUCCCCCCCUAUCAGAUCCAGUCCCCCCCUAUCAGAUCCAGCCCCCCCCUAUCAAUCCAGCCCCCCCUAUCAGAUCCAGCCCCCCCCUAUCAGAUCCAGUCCCCCCCCAUCAGAUCCAGUCCCCCCUAUCAGAUCCAGUCCCCCCCUAUCAGAUCCAGUCCCCCCCUAUCAGAUCCAGUCCCCCCCUAUCAGAUCCAGUCCCCCCCUAUCAGAUCCAGUCCCCCCCCUAUCAGAUCCAGUCCCCCCCUAUCAGAUCCAGCCCCCCCUAUCAGAUCCAGUCCCCCCCUAUCAGAUCCAGUCCCCUCCUAUCAGAUCCAGUUUCCCCUGGCACAACUGUGGUUUUCUAACAAACUUCUCAUAAGUGAAAUGAAUCAUCUAUCAUGUGGCUCACAUCUACACACACAAACACACUCAUAAACAGGGAUGGCAUAGGUCAAGGUGGUGGAGUUAACAGUUAAACUGACCCAUUGUUAAAAACAUAGUCGUUAGGCUUUUAUUAUAUUUUAUUAUAGGCAUACAUAACACCUACAAUAACCUAGAAUCACAUGGUUUUACAGUUCAAACCUCAUGACUGUGUGUGUGUGUAGAUGUGAACCGCAUGAUAGAUGUUGUAUCACGUGUCCAUAUGUGUUAUCACAUGUUAGUGUGGUCUCUAUCAUUUCUGUGUGUGUGUCUAUCUAACCUUACACUGUGUGUGUGUGUGUGUGUGUGUGAGAUUGUGCACGAAUGCAUGUGCAUGCGUGUUGUCUAACCUGUGUGUGUGUGUGUGUGUGUGUGUGUGUGUGUGUGUGUCUAUCUAACCUGUGUAUGUAACCUGUCUGUCUUCCAGACCGUAAUGACAUCCAGCACGCGGGUGUGCAGUACAUUCUGGACUCUGUGGUGGACCAACUGCUGAAGAACCCUGACCGACGCUUCAUCUACGUAGAGACAGCCUUCUUCUACCGCUGGUGGAAACGACAGACUGAUGACAUGCAGAACACUGUCAAACAGCUAGUCAAUGAGGGUGAGGCCAGAGGGGUUAUAAAGCCUUUAUAAGCAUGUUAUGAAGUAGUUAUAAAGCAGUAGAGUCCGCCUUCUACCACUGGUGGAGGAGCCAGUCAGACGGCAUGCAGAGUACUGUCAAACAGCUCGUUAAUGAGAGAAGGGAUGUAGGCGUUAGAGAGGUGUAAUAACAGUGUUAUAAAGCAGUCAUACAGAUGUAAUAAAGCAUCAUCUCUCACCUGAGUGUGACUGCUCCUGGUGGUGUUAUUGAACAGAUGCAAUUCAGAGGUUAUAAACAGUUGUAACCCCUUUAACCUGUGAUUAGGUAAUAUAUUACUUUAAAUAAUGAUUUUAAUUAUUUAUAAUUAGUUUUCAUCCCUUUUGUCUGGCUCUCCCUCCCCCUCCCUCCUCUCAGGGCGGUUGGAGUUUGUGAACGGGGGCUGGUGUAUGAGUGACGAGGCCACCACCCACUACAGUGCGGUCGUAGACCAGAUGACCAUGGGCCUGCGGUUCCUCAACGACACGUUCGGACACUGCGGUCGCCCCCGCGUCGCCUGGCACAUCGACCCCUUCGGACACGCCCGCGAGCACGCCUCCAUGUUUGCACAGGUAAGGGUCGUAUUCAUUAGUGCACACAGUAAUGUUUCUUAUUGGACAAAUACAGGUAGGUCCCUCCCUGUUUUGGCCAGUUUGGUUCCUAGUGAGUACAACCCACAGUCUCCUGUCUCUCUCUACCUCACAAUAUCCUGUCUGUCAGCCUUUCUCUGUCUAUUCUUGCCCAGGAAAAUCUCUUCGACUCCUUUUCCAUCAUGUCUUAGUCCAUUGUAUGAAUAGAUAGAGAGAUAGUCUUGGAUGGUUGUACUAUCGUCUGUUGAAAGGUUGUCAGUGUCAUAAGGUUCUUGUGAGAUCCCAAGUUGGGAAUAGAAGUGGGGAUAGCAUUUUUUACUCUGUUUUCCUAGUCAAAAAGAACACUUGAGACAGCAUGAGUUUCCCUUGUCUUUCCAUUCAGUUCAAAGGUAAUUUGUUAUGUCAGAGGGACGAUUGGAGUCCUUACUGUGUUUGUUGUAUUGAAUGGGCGGCAGGUAGCCUAGCAGUUAGUGUUGAGCGUUGGUCCAGUAACCGAAAGCUUGAUAGUUCGAAUACCAGAGCCGACAAGGUAAUAUUUCUUGAAGGCACUUAACCCUAAUUUGCUCCAGGUGGCGCCAUACUACUAUGGGUGACCCUGUAAAACAGCACAUUUCACUGCACCUAUCCGGUGUAUUUGACAAUAAAAACAUCUUAUUUUUUAGUGUGUGUAUUCUCUCUGUUCCAGAUGGGUUAUGACGGCUUCUUCUUUGGUCGUCUGGACUACCAGGAUCGUAGCAGGAGGAUGGCAGCCAGGGAACAGGAGAUGUUGUGGAGGGCCAGCGAGAGCCUCACCCCCCCCAUGGCUGACCUCUUCACUGGUACUGACCUUUGACCUUCAACCUCUAGCAAUAUGGCAACAGCUUCACGUAGUCGUUCCAUUACAUAUUUUCCGUCAUAUGCUUACACCCUAAUCAGUUUUUGCAAUAGACCCGGGUUAUCAAUAUUACUAUCAAUAUUACUUUCCCUUUCGGCACUAACAUUUACAUUUUAGUCAUUUAGCAGACGCUCUUAUCCAGAGCGACUUACAGUUAGUGAGUGCAUACAUUUUCAUACUGGCCCCCCGUGGGAAACGAACCCACAACCCUGGCGUUGCAAGCGCCAUGCUCUACCAACUGAGCUACAGGGGACUGUCCUCUCUCCCCACUUUCAAGUGUAGUCUAUAGUGUAACCCCCCUCUCCCCAGUCAAUGUUUAGAUGGGAUACAGUUUAUGUCAAAUUGACGUCAAAAGUGGAUUUUUUAAAGCAUUUUAGUGAACCCUAAACCCUGUUCCUAACAUUAACCUCAUUCUCCUAACCUGCUACAUUAAUUCUCCUAACCUGCUGUGGAAGUUCUCCUAACCUGCUACGAAAAGUCAAUUUUGACAAAAGCUGUACCUCCUAGACAAAACCCCUCUCCCCUCAUCAAUACUGACCUCACCUUCAACCCCUGAUCUCUGAACUCUAGCCACUGCUGUAGCCUAACCCAGCCCGCUCUCCCCUGGGUAUCGUCCCUAACAGGUACGACCCUCCCGACGGCUUCUGUUGGGACCAAUCAUGUGAUCAAUACUGACCUGACCUCCCACCUUUGAACCCUGACCCCUAGCACCCCUGUAGCCUAACCCAGCCCCCUCUCCUCCAGGUAUCCUCCCUAACGGGUACAACCCUCCGGAGGGCUUCUGUUGGGACCAGUCAUGUGACGAUCCACCAAUCAGAGACGACCCUGAUCUGGAGGACUAUAAUGUUGACGAUGUGGUGACCAGGUUCCUCAGCAUUGCACACACACAGGUUAGAGAUGACACACACACACACACACAGGUUAGAGAUGACACACACACAGGUUAGAGAUGAGACACACACAGGUUGGUCACACACACACAGGUUAGAGAUGAGACACACACACACACACAGGUUGGUCACACACACAGGUUAGUCAUAAUAACACAUACACUCUCUCUCUCCUCUCCCCUGCUCCAGGCAUUGGUGUAUAAAACCAACCACAUCAUAAUGACCAUGGGGUCAGACUUCCAGUAUGAGAACGCCAACCUGUGGUAUAAGAACCUGGACAAGCUCAUCCGCUACGUCAACCAGCAGCAGAGUAACGGCUCUAAAGUCAACGUUCUGUACUCUACACCCUCCUGUUACCUACAGGAGCUACACAGGACUAACCUCACAUGGUACUAUACCACUAUACUAAACUAUACGAUGAUAUUAUAAUACUAAACUAUACGAUGCUAUUAUAAUACUAUACUAAACUAUACGAUGAUAUUAUAAUACUAUACUAAACGAUUCUAUUAUAAUACUAUACAAUUAUAUUAUACUAUACUAAACUAUACGAUGAUAUUAUAAUACAAUACUAAACUCUACGAUUAUAUUAUAAUACUAUACUAAACUAUACGAUGCUAUUAUAAUACUAUACUAAACAAUGCUAUUAUAAUAUUAAACUAAACUAUAUGAUUAUAUUAUAAUACUAUACUAAACUAUACGAUUAUAUUAUAAUACUAUACGAUGCUAUUAUAAUACUAUACUAAACUAUACGAUACUAUUAUAAUACUAAACUAUACGAUGCUAUUAUAAUACUAUACUAAACUAUGAGAUGCUAUUUUAAUACUAUACUAAACUAUACCAUUAUAUUAUAAUACUUUACUAAACUAUACAAUGCUAUUAUAAUACUAUACUAAACUAUAGAAUGCUAUUAUAAUACUAUACGAUGCUAUUAUAAUACUACACGAUUCUAUUAUAAUACUAUACUAAACUAUACGAUUAUAUUCUAAUACUAUACUAAACGAUUAUAUUAUUAUACUAAACAAUGAUAUAAUAAUACUAUACUAAACGAUGCUAUUAUAAUACCAAACUAAACUAUGAUUAUAUUAUAAUACUAAACUAUACAAUUAUAUUAUAAUACUAUACGAUGCUAUUAUAAUACUAUACAAUACUAUUAUAAUACUAAACUAUACGAUGCUAUUAUAAUACUAUACUAAACUGAGAUGCUAUUUUAAUACUAUACUAAAAUAGAUGAUUCUAUUAUAAUACUAUACUAAACGAUGCUAUUAUAAUACUAUACUAAACUAUAGAAUGCUAUUAUAAUACUAUACUAAACGAUGCUAUUAUAAUACUAUACUAAACUAUACUAUUCUACUAUAAUACUAUACUAAACUAUACUAUAUGACUCCCGAGUGGCGCAGUGGUCUAAGGCACUGCAUCGCAGUGCUAGCUGUGCCACUAGAGUUCCUGGUUCAAGUCCAGGCUCUGUCGCAGCCGGCCACGACCGGGAGACCCAUGGGCGGCGCACAAUUGGUCCAGCGUCGUCCAAGAUAGGGGAGGGUUUGGCCGGCAGGGAUGUGGGUUCGUUUCCCACGGGGGGCCAGUAUGAAAAAUAAAAGAUAAUGUAUGCACUCACUAACUGGAAGUCGCUCUGGAUAAGAGCGUCUGCUAAAUGACGUAAAUGUAAUAAUACUAAAUGAAACUGUAUGUCUAGCUCCCUCACAACGCCAGGACAGCGGAGUCACUGACCACCUUCUGGAGACACUUGAAACCCUACCUCUUUAAGGAAUACCUGGGAUAGUAUAAAAGUAAUCCUUCUACCCCCCCCCCCCCCACCCCCACAAAAUAUAUAUAUAUAUAUAUAUAUAUAACAAAUUAAAAUUUAAAAAAUAAUAAUUGUAAAGUGGUUGUCCCACUGGCUAUAUCAUAAGGUGAAUGCACCAAUUUGUAAGUGGCUCUGGAUAAGAGCGUCUGCUAAAUGACGUAAAUGUAGCUAGCUAGUCAGAGUAACAGCUCUAAAGUCAACGUUCUCUACUCUACACUCUCCUGUCACCUACAGGAACUACACAGGACUAACCUCACAUGGUUGGAGAUAGUUAGAAUACUGGAAAUAUGUAAUUAAAUUAAGUACAGUUAAUUUACAUUUUCUCUCUUUCUUCUCUCACCUCCCUCCAUUUUUCUCUUAUUCCCCCCCCCCCCCCGUCAGGCCUCUAAAGGGAGAUGAUUUCUUCCCCUAUGCUGACUCAGCUCAUGACUUCUGGACAGGAUACUUCACCAGCCGUCCAGCCCUCAAACGCUAUGAGAGGAUCAGCAACAGCUACCUGCAGGUACAAGACUCAAACCUUAGACAAUGGCUUUGUCUGAAAAGCAUACAAGCUGUCAAAUCUUUGGCCGUGUUUGAGAGCAUCAAAACCGUGAUGUAUCAUGGAUAGAUUGUGACUGACUGACUGAUCUACAAGUAAUAUUGAGUAGUUAUUUAUGAUGUACGGUGAUUUGUAGAUCAGUCAGUCUCGACUUGCCUUUAAAGUUGGCCAUUGAUUCCUCCUGUCCUCCUGAUUCGUCAGUUCCUUGCCUCCCGCUAAAACCAAAUUGGAGGAGGAGGUCGAAGGGGAGGGACUUGGAGCCUCUUCUCCAAUGAGCUUUCAGAGGGAGGUGAGGAAUCAAGGAUGGGAGGAAUCAUGGAUUUGACAGCUUGUACACUUUUCAUGCAAAGCCACUAUCAAUCAAACACAUUGACUCAGGGAUGAAAGUUCAGUACUCACACACUGAGGACAUGUUUGAAGACUUUUCGUCAAUACAUCCUUCCUCUCCUCCCUCUUGUUUCAUAGACGUGUAAUCAGCUGGAGGUCCUUGGUGGUCCCAUCUCAAGGAAAGGUCCCUUUGGAGCUGGAGACAGUGAGACCAUGAGUAAGUGGCUAGUGUACACACUCAUCACAUUCAAGUGCACUACUUCAUCACUACAUGAGUUGACUACGCCUAUUGGCAGUCGGACACUCUGUUUCAAUGUCCAUACUAGCAUGCUUCUUAGAAUGAAGCAAUGUAUUUAGAUAUGCAUUCUAAGUAGUAUGCUAAUGUAGAUAUUAGGGGGGGAUGUGUUUAUAAAAUGUAUUAAUAAGCUUGAAGCUGAUUAGAGGACAGCGGGGUUGACAGGGAGAGUUUUGGGUUGUGAUUGGUAGAGAAGGCCAUGGCAGUGGCUCAGCAUCACGACGCCGUAUCCGGGACGGAGAAGCAACAUGUUGCCAAUGACUACGCUAGGAGACUGGCCAAUGGCUGGGCACACUGCCAGGUACCUACCGUGUGUGUGUGUGCGUGUUCUUUCAAUUGAUCCAUGCAGUCUCUCUUGUUAGAUGAACUGUAUAUGAUUGACUCUCUCCUCCUCUCUCUCCCCUCUUCUCUCUCCCUCCCCCUCUCUCUCUCCCCUUCUCCCUCCCCCCUCCCUCCCCUCUCCCUCCCUCCCCCCUCUCUCCCUCUCUCUCUCUCCCCUCUCUCCCUCUCUCUCUCUCCCCUCCCUCCCUCUCUCUCUCUCCCCUCCCUCCCCUCUCCCGCUCUCUCUCUCCCUCUCUCUCCCUCCCUCCCCUCUCCCUCUCUCUCUCCCCCCUCUCUCUCUCAUCCCCUCUGUCCCCCCUCUCUCUCUCAUCCCCUCUGUCUCCCCCUCUCCUCUCACUCUCUCCCCCAGGUGUUGGUCAGUAACACUCUAUCCUCUCUGAGUGGAUCAUCUGCUCCUCGUGUUUACUGUGAACACCUCAACAUCAGUGUGUGUCCCCUCACAGAGACCAGCAAGAAGGUAACACACACACAGGCACACACACACUCACAAUUCCUCUUUGGUUCCGUGAAGUUAAAUUCCCCUCCUCUCUUUUUCCAUGUUUCUCUCUCGCUCUCUGUCAGUUCUCAGUGAAUGUGUACAACCCUCUGGCUCGUCCAGUCAGUUGGCCAGUGAGACUGCCAGUCAACGGGACGGCCUACAGUAUCUCAGACGCUAACGGCAAGGCUGUGGACAGUCAGGUGUGUGUGUCUGUCUGUGUGUUUUGAUAAUGAUUUACCUAAACGAUUGUCAUAUGUAGUUGUUCAAUAACCCUUGUUAUGACAGUUAUGUAUUGUGUGUGUGUGUGUGCGUUUGUGUACGACUCGUGUGUGUGUGCGUUCCAUAACUAUCCCCACCCCCUCAGGUGGUCCCAGUGUCCCAGGCCACAGCGGCAGUGCGAAGGGGCAGGGGGUACGCUGUCAACGAGCUGUUGUUCCAGGUUCAGGCCCCUCCGCUGGGCUACAGCACCUACUCUGUCUCCCUGCUUCAGAACGGGGCUCCAUCUCCACAGGCCUCUCCACUUCCCAGGGCUCCCAAGGCUGUACAGAACAAGGUCUGGGUCUUAUGGCCGUACAAAGACUUACUUUAUACUAUGAAAGUGAAUAUAUUAUGUAUCGAUAUUAUGUCAUCAAUGGAGACGCAUAUUUCAAAAUGUAUAAUAUGUCUCCAUGAUGAUGACAUAAUAUCAAUGUAUAAAGUCAGUUGGAAACUUUUUGGAAAAGUAUUGUAUCUAGGUUGUUUUUAGAUUUGGAUGUCACCUGUUCUGUCACUUUGAUGUGCCUCCUCUAGUUCCUCAGGGUGACCUUUGACCCAGAGACAGGUCUCCUCAGCAGCCUCAGUAACCUGGAGACACAACAGACUGUCAAACUGUCACAGAACUUCUACUGGUUAGUACUACUUACUCUCUCUCCCUCUCCAUUUCUCUCUAACUUUCCAUCUAUCUAUCUAUCUAUAUAUAUAUAUAUAAUAAUAUGCCAUUUAGCAGACGCUUUUAUCCAAAGCGACUUAGUCAUGCGUCCAUUUAUUUUAUUUUUUUGUGUAUGGGUGGUCCCGGGGAUCAAACCCACUAUCUUGGCGUUACAAGUGCCGUGCCCUACCAGCUGAGCUACAGAGGAUCUCUCUCUAACCCUUUCGCAUCUCCGCUCCUCCUACCCUUGCCGUUUCUCCUACCACUCUACCUUCCUUCUCUCUCUAAAUCAUCUACCACUCUACCCUUCCGUUUCUCUCUACCACUCUACCCUUCCGUUUCUCUCUACCACUCUACCCUUCCGUUUCUCUCUACCACUCUACCCUUCCGUUUCUCUCUACCACUCUACCCUUCCGUUUCUCUCUACCACUCUACCCUUCCGUUUCUCUCUACCCUCGACCCUUCUUCCGUUUCUCUCUAACCCUUCCGUUUUCUCUCUACUACCACCUACCCUUCUGCUGUUUCUCUCUACACUCUACCUACCCUUACCUUUUCUCUCUACCCUUCCGUUUCUCUCUACCCUUCCGUUUCUCUCUACCCUUCCGUUUCUCUCUACCCUCACUAACCCCUCCCCUUUUCCGUUUCUCCUCUACCCUCCCUUUCUCUCCCUCCAUUUCUCUCUACCAUCCCUUCCUAUUCUCUCUACCUCUCCAUUUCUCUCUACCAUUCCUUCCUAUUCUCUCCCCAUCCUAUUAUUUUCUGUCAUCUUUGUAUGCUAGCAUUGUUACAUUGAGGGCUUUUCUGUCAUCUUUGCUCUGUGUAUGUAUUCUGUAGGUACAAUGCCAGUGAUGGUAAAAACUCAGAGAGUAUUCAGAUGUCAGGGGCCUACAUCUUCAGACCUAACACCUCUACCCCCUUCAUCAUCAGCAAGACGGCUAAGAUAGAAACACUACAGGUACCUACUGCACUAUACUGCUACAGUCAACAGGCACAUUUUUCAUGUAGUGUAUUUACUUCCAUAUGUUUCAAUAUAAUUCUAUAUGCAGAAGACCCACUAUUAAACAUUCAAGAGAUUCAUUCUAGUCAUCUCACUAUUUAUUUUCUCUGCCUUAACCCCCUUCUGUUCUCUUAUUCUUCUUCCAUCUCCAUCCCUACCCCCUCUCCAUGUCUCCCUCCCCCCUCUCCAUGUCUCCCUCCCCCCUCUCCAUGUCUCCCUCCCCCCUCUCCAUGUCUCCCUCCCCCCUCUCCAUCAGAACUCCGUGGUGCAGGAGGUGAGACAGUGGUUUAGUCCCUGGGUCUCUCAGGUGGUCCGUCUGUACACAGACAGCAGGGCUCUGGAACUGGAGUGGACUGUGGGCCCUGUGCCUAUAGGGUGAGUGAAGGGCUCAGAGCCACACAGGGCCUGGUCACAAAUAAUGCACUGGAAGGAGAAUGGCGUGUCAUUGAGGUAGCCUGUGAAUGUCUGGCAGUAGGAGCGAGUCUUUAAAAGGACUGUAAACUGACUAGAAACCAUUCCUGUACCAUAGAUUAUAGUGUUCUCUCUCUCUCUCUGCACCCCCCCCUCUCCCUGUCAGUGAUGACCUGGGUAAAGAGGUGAUAAGUCGUCUAGACAGCAGCAUCAACUCCUCUGGUGUCUUCUACACUGACUCUAAUGGCAGAGAGAUGCUGCAGAGACGGUGAGGAACCUGUGUGUGUGCGCAUGUGAGAGACGGAGCGAGAAACAGUGUGCGUGUUUCACAAAUCUACGUAUCUGUAUAAUCUGUUCAUUAUGGAGUACCGUAUUCCAGUUGUGUGGGUUCAGACACAUACAGUAUACACCCUAAUGCAUUGUACUGUAUAUCUGUAUCUGACAGGAAAGACUACCGUCCCACAUGGAACCUGAGACAGUCUGAGCCAAUCGCUGGAAACUACUAUCCAAUCAACUCUAGAGCUUACAUUAAGGUGUGUCACCUUGGUCAUACACCUCUGUCUGCCACUCUUUCUUCCCUCUCUCUUUCUCUCUCUUAUGAUCAUGCACUUUCUUUGCCUCUUUUCACUUACUCUCUUUCAGUUACAAUUCCUUUUUCUGUGUUAGCCUUCUGGUUCUAAACUCUCCGGCUCCCCCUGCUGUUCUCUUCUUCACUCUGUUUUACAAAGUCGUGAAGUUUACGUGAUAUUAUCGGACAAACAAUAGUCAAUCAUGACUUACACUGUGUGUGUGUGUGUAUACAGGAUGACAAGGACCAGCUGACUGUAGUGACCGACCGCUCUCAGGGAGGAGGCAGCAUCCAGGAUGGAUCACUGGAGAUCAUGGUAACAUAUAAACUCUCACUACUCUCAUUUUUCAUGUGGUAGCAUUUUGGCAUCAGACAUCAUCUGUGUUUGUUUACGUCUCACCUCUUUCCCCCGGCUCCACACCCUGUCUAUCACUGUCAUAUUACACUCUCCUCUCACCCCCGGCUCCACACCCUGUCUAUCACUGUCAUAUCUUACAGUCUCCUCUCACCCCCAGCUCCACACCCUGUCUAUCACUGUCAUAUCUUACAGUCUCCUCUCACCCCCAGCUCCACACCCUGUCUAUCACUGUCAUAUCUUACAGUCUCCUCUCAACCCCAGCUCCACACCCUGUCUAUCACUGUCAUAUCUUACAGUCUCCUCUCACCCCCAGCUCCACACCCUGUCUAUCACUGUCAUAUCUUAGUCUCCUCUCACCCCCAGCUCCACACCCUGUCUAUCACUGUCAUAUCUUACAGUCUCCUCUCACCCCCAGCUCCACACCCUGUCUAUCACUGUCAUAUCUUACAGUCUCCUCUCACCCCCAGCUCCACACCCUGUCUAUCACUGUCAUAUCUUACAGUCUCCUCUCACCCCCAGCUCCACACCCUGUCUAUCACUGUCAUAUCUUACAGUCUCCUCUCACCCCCAGCUCCACACCCUGUCUAUCACUGUCAUAUCUUACACUCUCCUCUCACCCCCGGCUCCACACCCUGUCUAUCACUGUCAUAUCUUACACUCUCCUCUCACCCCCAGCUCCACCGUAGGUUGCUGUACGAUGACGUCCGGGGUGUAGGUGAGCCCCUCAACGAGACGUCUGACAUUUACCCAGAAGGCCUGGUGGUCCGUGGUCGCCUCCUCCUCUCCCUCAGCCCCCCUGCCACGGCCGCUGACACACACCGCCCCCUAGCACAGGAAGUGGUACUGCAGCCUCUCAUCACGUUCACCGACGGAGAGCUGCACCCUAAUACCAGACUGGAGGUGAGAAAUGGGCUCUAUCUCCUAUCUGCAUCUCCUUGCCUCUUUCUCAACCGUAUUGGAGGAGAAGGUCCAAGGUCCCUCCCCUCAGGCCUUCUUCUCCAAUGGAUUUUGAGAAGGUGAGGAGUGGAUGCGAGGAAUCUAGGAAAGAAGGAGGGAGAGAGUGAAGGAUGAGGCUGAUUGAGGCACAGUUAUCAGCUCUGCAGAUGAAAUAAGAGUGUCACUUUGGACUAUUGAAAUUAACCAAUCUUUUUUAACUCGCUCUCUCCCCCCCCCACCUCAGUUCUCUGGGCUACAGGCAGUGCUGCCCCCUGCUGUUCACCUGUUGACAGUGUCUCAGUGGGACCAGGACUCAGUGCUGCUCAGACUGGAGCAUCAGUACCAAGCCUCAGAGAGCAAGGAACAUUCCCAGCCUGUUUCUGUUAAUCUGCAGGUUAGUGAUAUGUAAUACUGUAUACACACAGUGCUGCUCAGACUGGAGCAUCAGUAUCGGGCUAUGGAGCGCAAGAUUAACUCACUGUCAACCUACAGGUUCUUAACACCCACACGUAUGCAUACGACCCAUAAACAAAGUGAACCCUUUUAAUAAUACCACACAUUCCUCAGUCUCAACAUGUAACAACUGUUAUUCACAAGUAAAUUAAUUUCAAACCACUUUGAAAACAUGAAAUAAAAUGCAAUGGUCCAUUCUCUACUCUCUGAUGUCAGUACCACACACAGUCACUCACACACUUCUCUCUCUGUAGAAGCUGUUCUCCACUCUGGAUGUGCUGGGUGUGUCUGAGAUGAACCUGUCAGCCAAUCAGUGGAAGGAUGAGAUGACUCGUCUGGACUGGAAGGCGGAGUCAGGUACACUUGCGUUUAUUAGUACUCCAGGGCUGCAUCACACAGGUCUAACAAAUUCCUUCAGCUCUCUGCUUAGUCAGCCCUCCAGGACGAGUGAAGACCUUUGACAUGCUUUAUUGUAGCAGUAACAAUUCCUUUGUUAGUCCAUUGUGGAAAGUUGGCUUUUUGCUGUAUUCAUUGCACAGAACUUGAUGCCUGUUGUCUCCAUUUGCCUCAGGUGAGAAGCCCCUGCCGAAGAGAGAGGGAGACCCCUCUAUGUGGGAGGUGAACCUCAAGCCCAUGGAGAUACGCACCUUCCUGCUCCGCGUCAGGCAGAGA